AUGUUUGUGUUUAAAGCAUUGUUAGAUGCGAAAGUGAACAGGAAUAGGCAAAGUUCGCAUUCGAAAUUCAUGAAGAAAUUUACAAUUGCAUCACAACGAAUGGUUUCCAGGAAGAAGGAUUAUUUAAAUAAGAAUGUGGUCAAAGUUGAUUGCAUGGUUAAUUCUCGUGAUCAUCCUAUAGAAAUAGAUGAUGAUGAAGUAUCAGAAGGGAAAAAAUUUCUAUCUGAUGAAGUUAAGAAGGAGAAUGAUGAGAGUUCAAUUGAGAUUUAUUCCAGUAAUUCUAUGAAGAAGACAAUUGACAUUUCAUCUAGUAAUUCUUGGAAGAAGAAAAAGUCAAGGAAUAAUGUUCGUCAGUCUGAUUAUAGUUCGAUGAAAAAGAGAAAACAUGGUUUGUUUGGUCGAUUAAACUCAAAAUCAUCUGAUUCAGAAGAUUAUGUAAGUGAUUCUGAUUUUGAAGUUCGGACCAUUACAAGGAGCAGGAAGUUGGUUAACAAAAGUGUUAGAAAAUUUAGUAAAACAUUUGUCUCCGAACAUGAGUUUUCUAGUGAUUCUGAUUUUGAGGAUGGUUCCAGUAGUAGUGUGAAAAAGGUGGAUAAGAUAGCUGAUAAGAAAGUUAAAAAGAAAAUGGAGUUGAAUUGUGCUAAAAUAAAGUCAUUGUAUUCUCGUGUUUCUCUUCAUUCUAUAUAUGGCGUUGUGAAUUCAUUGAAUCAUAAUCAAAAAGAAUGUGUGAGGAGUUUGGGGUUUGGAUCAUUGAUAGACAUGAAGACUCAAAGUAUUCCAUCAAAAUUAUGUUAUUUUGUUGUUGAUUCGUUUGAUCCUUUAGAGAUGGUUAUUAAAACUGAGGUUUCUAAUAUUUUGGUUACAAGGGAAGAUGUUAAUAGGGUGUUAGGUCUGCCUAUGGGGGUUGAUCAGUUAAAUAGUGUUGAUUUAAGAGGUAAUGAGGAAUGGUAUGAAAUAUGGAAAGAUCAAUUCAAGAAGUUGUUGUCUUUAAUUACUCCAAAUGAUAUUGUGUACAAGAUAAUAGAACGAUGUGAAGCAGAUAUGGUGUUUGUUGCAAAUUUUAUUAUUCUUGUAUGUACAUGUUUUGGAUCAUGUAACAAACAAGGUGCAUGCAAUUUGAAGCUUCUACCGUAUUUGUCUGAAUCAUAUAAGUUAGAUAAGUUUGAUUGGUGUACAUAUGUAUUAAAUUGUGUAAAAGAGGAAAAGUUGAUUUGGGGUAGAAGUGAUAUUAAGACUUUCUUCAAUGGUCCUAGUGUGUUUCUAACGUUGCUAUAUGUUGAUAGGAUUCAAUGUAGGCAAAUGUUAAUGAAUGGAGGUUUUGGAAGACCAUCUGCUACAGUGGAAAGUGUUGACGAAGUUUCUAGAGGAUCAAUUUUAGAGUUUCAUUCAGAAAUGAAGUGGUGUUUAGUAGAUAUGUCUAAGAAAGUGGAUAAAGACUUUAAAAAGCAUGGAAAUUUGAAAAUAAUAGAGUUUUAUGGAUUGAAGGUGAAAGAGUUAUGUUCUGCAUAUAAAGCUUUUCGUCAUAGUAAUUAUAAAUGCGAAUAUGCUUUCCAGUCAUGUGGAAAAAGCAGUAGUUGUGAUGAUAAGUCUAAUGAAAUUCGAUAUGUUGGGCAGUCUAUUAACAACAGGGUUGGUGUUAAUAAAUAUGGAUCGGCAAAUUCGUUUGGGAAAUCUGGAUUUAUUGAAACUAAGUUGCCUGUGGAUUGCGAGGGUGGUCAUAAGGAAAAGUGUGUAGUUGAGGGUAUUCCUUCUUUUAAUUUAGGAAUUGAGGAUGAUAUGUAUACUCCUCCAAAAGUGAAUGCAGGUAUUGAUAGUUAUGUUAGUAAUAAUCCUGUUUAUGUUGGAAUAAGUUCUGCUUCAAUCAAAGGGAAUGAACCUAAGUCUCAUGAUGAAAGUGAAAAAGUUAAAAUGCUUGAGAAUGAUAUGAUUUCAUCGAGACCAAAGAGAAGUCAAACGUUACCUCCAGUGCUUAGGUCUCCAUUUGUUGUACGAUCUGUUGAGAUUGAUAGUAAUUUGACGAAGGAGGAGAAUAUCAAGUCUAAUUGGCUAUUCAGUUUAUGUGGGAAUCCAACGGAUGAUCUUUUUCAUAGCAUAAAUGGACAACGUGGGGAAAGAUACAUGUUUGAGAGCUUAUAUCCGGGAGAAUUUCUUUUUUCUGGGACUAUUGAUUGUUUUGUUGAAGUGUUGAACUAUGAUGAGAGAGCUAGGAAUUUGGACACUCCUUCAUGUUUCUUUUUCAAGACAGCAGUAUUGGAUCCUGCAUACAUGCAUAGUGAAGCAUGUAAAUAUGAUGAUGUGUACGAGAAUUUUAAAGAAAAUGUUUUUCAUUGUUUGGGAGAGUCUAAAGAACGAAGAAAUUUAAAAGGAAUUGAUUUGGUGUUCUUUCCUGCAUGUGUAAACAGUCACUAUUUUGUGUUUGUUUUUUAUUUUAAAAACCGCAAAGCUGUCAUAUUGGACAACAUAUUAUAUAGAUCUUCUGAAAAACCAUACCCACAUCUAACUCAAAAUCUGAAAUAUAUGUUUGGUAGAUAUCUUCAAGACAUAAAACAUUUUAUGGCUUUUUUAGUCAUGUAUGAAAUGGAAUUUGUUGAUCAAUAUAUGACGUGGAAAACAAGAGGUAACAGUAAUGAUUGUGGGAUUUUUUUGAUGCGUCAUAUGGAAACUUAUAAAGGUGGUCCUUUAGCUCAAUGGAGAUGUGGGUUUAAAAUGGAAAGUGUUGAGCAGAUUUUGCAACUUAGAAAUCUUCGAAGAAGAUAUUCUAUGAAAAUUUUGUUGAGUGAAGUGAAUCUAAUGAAAAAUGAAGUUGAGCAACUUCUUGUUGAUUAUCAAAAGCUUUCUGCAAAUGACAGGCGUUUAAUGUAUCAUGAAGGCAUUAUCAACAUAGCAGCUAGGUUAGCUGCUUUUGGUCCUUGA